AUGUUCCCCAAGGAAAAAUUCAGCUCCCCUCAGUAUGAGCCCCUUGCGCUCCAUGAGGAUGGCGAGGGCUCCAGCUCAACUCCUGAGAAGCGCUCCUCGUCUGAGGACGAUGACUCUGGACCUUUGCUGAGAGGCUCAGACGAUCUCCCGCCAAUUAAGCUGUCCAAGCCCUCCCAGCUACCAACUCUCAUCAUCUACUUGUCCUUCGCUUUGGCACUACUGUCAACUGUGAACGUUGCCCUGCUUCCCAGCACAUUUUCAAAGUUCAAAGCGUACCCUUUCUCCGAGUCUGAACUCGAGGACCUCCCUUAUGGAAAUGCGAGGCUAGGACUGGACAGAGCAGCGAAGGUGCUGCCCAUUCCGAAAGCCUACCACCGCUCUUGGCCGGAUAGAAUUGCACGGGUGAGCCGUAAGUUGAAGGACGCCGUUUGGGGUCAGGGAGUGCAGGUCUAUGUUACUGUUGAGGACUCGACGGUCAUGCGCUUCCCCAUCCCCUCCCACGGUGCCAAUACCUGCGCUCUCUCUUGGCGAUCGCCGCCCGAAUUCAGUGCUCGGACCAAGGACAUCACAACCAAGGGUGACAUAACUGAGAUCGAAGUCUGGCAGCUGAUCGCACCGUCAAGAACCACCCCGGCAUCCAGCGUCUCUUCCAGUCUGGACGAGCUCGACUAUGAUACCUUGUCGUAUUCGGCACUUCCCGUACGCGGAGAGCUACUCGGCGUGUUGGACCUCACAGACCAGCUGAACAGCACAACGGUGGAGUUUGCCUGUCCUGGAGAAGCAGAUAGUCUAGUGGUGGAGAUGAGGUGCCAGCGCGUGGCGUGUCAUGUGAGCUUCAAGCAGAUUGAUAUGCUGCCGAGGUUUGGGUUUGAGUUGCUGAGGAGAAGAGAAUGA